AUGAGCUUUCUGGGGGGUAAUAAGAUGUACCGGAACAAUUGGAACAAUUUGUGCAAAUGGAAGGUCAUUGGACAGAAAUUUGAGGAUCUUUUCACAAUCGAAAUGCCACUCUAUAAUGUAGAUAGACCUGGCGCUAUAAUCAGCACAAUUUGCGGCGCCAUAAUUGGAAUCUUAUGUUCCCUUAUCGUCAAUUGUACACUAGUAGAAAUAUCACUAUCCCCUUUUUUCGCAAUGUACUUUGGGUCUUUGUUGAUUAUCGUGGGUUUUAUUAUCAUAUGGCGCCUUAACUCCAUAGUUUCCCAUGAAGCAUUGCGAAGGAGGACUCAUUUGAGGCUUUUUGCUUUAUCUAUCAUUUUAUCCGGGUUGCUUUGCUUUAUUUUGGAGCGCAAUUGGUUUACUGAUUUACCUCUAUUGCUAAAGACUAUCGUAUAUACUAUUAUCGGGAUAUCAGUAUCAUUUGCCCUUACCUUUAGUAUAGUGGAUAUUGUAAAUUAUUUCAUAGGUUUGCUAGAAAGCACUAUAGCUAAGCCGCUGGUGGAGUCUAAGUCUCAGGUGUAUUUGGUAUUAUUCACAUCCAUUGUCAUGGGCGCAAUAUUUGGGUUUAUAUUUGGCCUUAUGGACGUGGAAGAUGAACUGAUAUACCAUAUGCAGCUGACGCUAUUAAAGGAAGAACAUUAUUGCUAUCCAAUUGGUGCAAUGCUAGGGGGGAUUGCUGGCUUUGGGAAUGAGUAUUUGAGGCAACAAGAACUAUUCCUGUUCCACAAUGGAUCAUCGUUUGAUGAACAAAUUUAA